AUGAGGUGCUCGCUGCGAGGCUCUGUCAGCUUGCCGGUUGUUACUCUGACCCUCUUAUUCCUCACGAGCUCAUGCCUCGCAUCUCUGGGUGACCGACUUCCCGACUUCCGCGAAUGUGUCCAAGUCUGUAUAGAGGAAAAUUGUGACUCGGGGCGGGCGAGCAUACCUCUGCAUCUACGACUUCUGCUCUGGGAUUGCACAUCUGAAUGCGAUUAUACGUGCCAGCAUGUCAUCACGGAUCGACGAAAGGCACGCGACCCUCCUAUGAUUGAACCGGUGGUACAGUAUCAUGGAAAAUGGCCCUUCUAUCGGUUCAUGGGCAUCCAGGAACCGUUCUCUGUUCUGUUCUCGUUGAUGAACUUCCUCGCUCAUCGAAAUGGCAUGCAGAGAAUACGCGAGUCGAUUCCCGCUCGCUACACUCUCCGACCAUAUUACUUGGCUUUUGGCUACUUUGGGCUUGCCAGUUGGAUAUUCAGCAUGAUUUUUCAUACGCGAGACUUCAACAUCACGGAGAAGUUGGACUAUUUCGCUGCCGGUGCCAGUGUGCUCUAUGGGCUCUACUACUCUCCAAUCCGGGUGUUCCGACUGGAUCAGAGCGACCCGACGAAACAGAGCAUCCUACGGGCAUGGACUGCCCUUUGCAUCCUCCUCUAUGUGGCGCACGUCACCUAUCUGACGGCGUGGAGCUGGGACUAUACCUACAAUAUGGCAGCCAAUGUCGUGGUUGGGGUUAUUCAAAAUCUCCUCUGGAGUUGGUUUAGCAUCACGCGAUACCGCAAGCUUCAGAAAACGUGGGCAGCAUGGCCCGGGUUGAUCGUGGCUUGGAUCGUCAUGGCCAUGAGUUUGGAGUUGUUCGACUUUCCGCCCAUGGCUGGAAUGAUCGAUGCACACAGUCUUUGGCAUCUUGGAACCGUGAUACCUACUAUCUGGUGGUAUAGCUUCCUGAUCAAAGAUGCUCAAGAAGACCUUACCAGCCAGCGCCUCAAAGCAUGA